CAAGCCAGGCAUGUCUCCGUAGGAAAGCGAUGUCAUGACCAAAUGAGUCAACUCGGCUAUGACAGCAGCAUGGCAGACUACCUAAUAACUGGCGGUGCUGGAUACGUCCCUGACGAUGGUUUAACCGGGGCUGGACUCUUUGCAAAUGGGGAUGGAAUGACGUAUAAUGAUUUCCUUAUCUUGCCAGGUUUUAUUGAUUUUCUAUCAGAAAAUGUGGACCUCACAUCAGCUCUCACUCGCAAAAUUACCCUUAAAGCACCUCUGGUUUCUUCUCCUAUGGACACUGUCACAGAAUCCAGCAUGGCCAUCGGAAUGGCGCUAUGUGGUGGUGUAGGUGUUAUCCAUCACAAUUGUGCUGCAGAAUUCCAAGCCAAUGAAGUUAGAAAAGUUAAGAAAUAUGAGCAGGGCUUUAUCCUGGAUCCAGUGGUCAUGUCACCCAGACAAACUGUGAAGGAUGUUAAUGAAGCCAAGAAGAAUUACGGCUUUUCAGGUAUCCCUAUUACAGAAAAUGGGCACAUGGGAGAGAAACUUGUCGGCCUUGUCACCCAGCGGGACAUUGAUUUCUUAACCACAGAGGAGUUUAACACACCCCUGGGAGAGGUGAUGACAAAAUUUGAGUCUCUAGUUGUGGCACAUAGUGGAGUUACACUGAAGGAGGCAAACCAGAUACUGCAAAAAAGUAAAAAAGGAAAACUUCCCAUCAUAAAUGACAGUGGAGAAUUGGUAGCUUUAAUUGCAAGAACAGAUACAAAAAAGAAUCGAGACUUUCCUUUGGCAUCUAAAGAUGAACAUAAACAGCUGCUUGUUGGUGCAGCCAUCAGUACCCAUGAUUCAGACAAGGACAGGCUGGAGAUGUUAGUCUCUGCCGGUGUAGACUUUGUAGUGUUGGAUUCUUCCCAAGGCAACUCCAUUUACCAGAUCAACAUGAUAAAACACAUCAAGAAAAAAUAUCCAAAUCUCCAAGUUAUUGGAGGCAAUGUGGUGACAGCAGCCCAGGCAAAGAAUCUAAUUGAUGCUGGUGUUGAUGGUCUGAGGGUGGGCAUGGGAAGUGGGUCUAUCUGCAUCACACAAGAAGUCAUGGCAGUAGGGCGCCCCCAGGGUACCGCUGUAUAUAAGGUGGCAGAGUAUGCUCGCAGAUUUGGUGUUCCUGUUAUAGCUGAUGGUGGAAUAUCAGCUGUGGGUCACAUCAUCAAGGCACUGUCUCUUGGAGCUUCCACAGUAAUGAUGGGCUCCAUGCUGGCUGGCACCAGUGAAGCACCAGGUGAAUACUUCUUUGCUGAUGGUGUCAGACUGAAGAAAUACAGGGGUAUGGGUUCUCUUGAUGCCAUGGAGAAACACAAAAGUAGUCAGAGUCGAUACUUCAGUGAAAGUGACAAGUUGAAGGUAGCCCAGGGCGUUUCUGGUUCUAUAGUCGACAAGGGAUCCAUCCACAAAUUUGUACCCUAUCUUAUCGCAGGGAUCCAGCAUGCCUGUCAAGAUAUUGGAGCACGGAGUCUGUCCAAUCUAAGGUCAAUGAUGUACUCGGGCGAGCUAAAGUUUGAGAGGAGAACCACUUCAGCACAGAUUGAAGGAGGUGUACAUAACCUACACAGUUAUGAUGUUCGUCUGUAUUAAGCUUUGAAAAAAGGUUGUACUAGGAGCAGCAAUCCCAAACAAUGGAAGUUAGAAAGAUGACGACAUUCCAAACUUUUUGGGAGGAUUUCCAGAUAAGCAACAAGGAAAAUAAUUGAAGCUACAAGGGAGUUCAGUUGUUUCAUUCUCUUCUAGGCAAAAUUGUAAAGAGUUGAUGUUGCACAGAAAUUUGGCUUUUUGCCAUGGCAGUAGAUUCAUGAGUGGAAAGUAUACCGGGUGCUAUUAAGGUUUUAUGUAGGAUUAAGUGGCAAUACAUUCUCAGAUAUCCAAUAUUUUGAAUCUAUUUUUACAGACAUUCUCUGCAGGUCUUACUUUUACUUACUUUACAUAAGUGCAUAUAUUACAAGAAAUCCUUAAGGACAGAUCUAAAUGAUAUUACCAUGACAUAUUUUAGUGUUCAGCAUUAAACUAUGUCUGCUAUACUAGAAGUAGUGGAGAUACCAUUAUCAUUGAAGGCCAAUUACUCCCAAUAUUGGCCAAGUAAUUUCAGUAUGUUGAUGAAAGAAAAGUGCUAAAUCAGUUAUAGAUAAACAUUGAAAUUAUAUUCUUUCAUACCAUAUUAUGGUAGGUGUUGAUUCAUCUUGUCAUAGUACUAUUGAAGUGCUUUAGAAUACCUAUAAUUUAUUUACAGUUGAAUGCCUUGUUUAAUUGAUUUUCAUACUUGCCUUACAUUGGUUUGAUUUGUUUGUAUACCAUAGAUUUCAUUUUUAUCAUUUGUUUUGGUUUUUUUUCUCUAUUUCUCUUUUCUUACCAAGAAUGGUUUUUAGUGUCAUCCACUGCAAUCUUGUGUUGCUGAAGUAAUGUUACCAACUGCAAUGUGACAUAACUUUUUUCCGGGUUAUUAAGUACAUGUAUGUUUAAUUAAUGAGGAUGAUACACUUAAACAAUUCAAAGUAAUUUGGUAUAUGAAGAUGGAGAGCUAUCAAAUUCAUUUAAUUGAAAUUAACUCAUUUUUAGUUUUCAUUUGACUAAUACAUACCCAAUGGAUGUUUUUUUUUUUUACGUCACAUCAGUAAGAUAUGUCGUGUUUAUGCUAAUCUAUAUUCUUCUAGUCUUACAUUGAACAAGAUAACUAGCGGCAGGCACUAUAUAUCUAAAGUAAAUUGAUCUGAAGAAUUCACCAUUUCAUUCACUUAUCAAUAAAACCUUUUACACUAUCAUUCCUACCAUGCUAUGAGAAAUGAAAAAUUGAAAUUUUGGAAAAAUUCAUGAAAUGGAUUGACCAUGAAUUAGUAAAAAGGAGUGACAAACUGCUAUGAAAAACACUCCUGUUUAACAUUCUUAAUUGUCUGUAGGAUCAUUGAUGCCAUAUUGUUAGAUCUUUAUCAAAUGAAUCUCACUGUAAACUUCUCCUUUUAACAUACAAAUGUAGUAUCUGUAAUAUUUAUUUUUACUUUGUCUAAUUUAGGAUUACUUUUCACAUGUGUUUCUCAUUUAUAUUUCAAAGAACAAUUACAUUUUUUGCGUAGUGUAAAUGAAGGCCAUUUUCUGUGAAGCAUUACUUUUUUCAGGUAGAAAAUUGUAAUAGGAUAGACUUGUAAUUUUCUGUCAAUGGUGAAGACAGUAUGGUUUUAACAAACGGUUCAAUACCAUUUAUGUUUUGUUUGUAACAGUGACCUUUAUCACGUUGAUUUUAGAAACAAGUUUCUACAUUCACAAGGCAAGAACUUAUUGAAAAAAUACAUUAGUGCUUCAAAUUUCGAAUCAAUUUGUAGUAAUCCAGAAUCCUGAAUCAUUUAUGUUGUAAAAAAAAUUGUCUCAGAAAUUUUCCCUGUUUUCAGUAUCAGAAUUUUGAUGAAAUUUUUAAAGCACUCAAAUUACACUUUAUGAAGAAUAAUAUCAAUUAGAUAUAUAUCGGUGUCCAAAUAAGAUAUCAUUUAAUUCAGUAUAAAGUAUACACUAUAUAUGGAUAUGUAGCUCUUAACUUUUACUACAGGCAGGACCAGAGGAAGCAUUUAUGUUAGGGCCAAAGCAAUAUAUUGUUAAUGUAAACUUAUUCUGUGAGCCAUGCAUUUAUUAGAUAAGCAUUUUUGUCGCUAUAGGGACCACGUUGAAAACUACAACAGCAGUUGUGCAAUCUAAUUUUACAUCUGUCAGAAUUGUAAUAUAAUGAUAUGCAUUAUUCCUGAAAGAAAAAGUCUACUUGUGAAAAAUAUACCUGUCUUCUGCAAAUUCAUUCAUAAACAUAUACCAGCAAUAAGAACCAUGUUUUCAGUGAUUAAACACCUAAAACUGAACUAAACACCAAGGUUAGAUAUGUGUUUUCAGUGAUUAAUCACCUAAAACUGAGCUAAAAACUAAGGUUAGAUAUGUGUUUUCAAGGCCACUACUUUGAUGAAAAGUCACAUUUACUAAUAUCAGUGAGAAAAACGAAACAUUAGAUUUUGGGCUUGAGGAACAAGAAUAUGCCUGGAAAGUAGUGUUCAGACGCUUUUCGAAUUUUUGAAUGCAAAAUGUAGUUGAGAGUACAUUAAAAUGUUUGUCUACACUAUCAUAGAAAAUGAUGUAUUUUGUAAUUGAUGAAUGUAAUGGUAGAUUUGUUUAUUUUAAACUUGUACCGUUUUUGCCUUCAACUUUGUCGUUACAAAGUUAAGAUUCAUUCACCGUUAGGAAUUGCUGCAUUCCAUUGUUUUACUUAAAAAGUAAAAUGAUUAUAUAAAAUUAUGAAUAUCAUUUUAAUUAAAGAUGUAAUAUACAAACACAAAAUUUACGAUUAAAUUAUCAUGAAACAUUUUAUUUUUUAUUCUGUCUCUGAAAGUCAUCUAGUUUUUGAAAGCUAUAAUAUUUGUGUGCCAUACCUCAUGUUGAGGAUGGAGAUGUAUUACUGUUUCAUAAUCCAUAAUCUGUUCAAUUUAGGAUACAUAAUACCUGGAUAAUAAGUCAAGGAAACACAGUGAGAAAUCUCUUUGUCGCUCAGUGGAUUUCAGUUUCAACUUCAGUUGUGUACAAAGGAAUAAUUUGACAUUCUACUGAAUUUCUGGCUUCAAUUUUAUUUAGAACAUGCACACAAAAUUGUAUGCUAAAAUUAUUUGCCAAAAUGUAUCUUUUUUGCCUUUGACAUUGUUUACUACCGUAAAAUUUGCUUAGCAAUAGGAGACUGGAGUUGCCUUUUUGCUUCCAGUUUCUGUUCAUACCUUUUGAAUAAACUUCUACAGUUAAGUAAAUAUGAUACAACCAACUCAUUUACAACUUAGAUAUUAUUGUGUAAUUAAGAGAUGUCACUUGAUAACUACUUCAUUACAGAUGACCAGAUGUCUGAAGUAAAUUAAAGAUCAUGUUUGAUCAGAACUCAUUCUAACAAAAUUUAAUGGGUAUAUCAUUUAGAUGCUAGAUAUUUAAUUACUUGCAAAGUACUGUAAGUUAAAUGCAAUGCGUCGCUCCCUGAUCUUAUUGUAGAUUGAUUGUAUUCAUAUGUCACACCAAUAAUAGCUAAUACUGCCUACAUAACGUAAUAGUUGUCUACUUUUAGGACUCCUUAUUUCUCCAGCAUUUUGAAAUAAUUUUCCUAUCUGUAUCAUAAUUUAUAGCUGCGUUAAUCAUUUCCAUAAAUAAACUUUAAAAAAUCAGCAUAUGUUGCAGCAUUUGAUUUUGAACCAUUUAUAACUAUGAGGGACACUAUUGUUUUAUAUAAAUAAGAGUAUAUCUAUAGCAUUGCCAUUGUAUAGAUGUUGUCGGAACCAGGACUGAGAGUUACAAGGUCAACAGUUUUGCCUAACGUUUAUAUAAAUAGUCACCACACUCUAUGUGUAUAUUUGCACCAUGUGUUUACAUUAGUUUCCUGAUGUUAAGGAAGGGAGAAUAUCACAAAAUGGUGUUGUAAAAUGUAAUUUGAUAUAACAAAAUAUGGUGUUGAUUUUUAUAAGUAAAUAUUGGUAUCGUCCUGAUUAUUUUUCGUCAUUUGAAAAAAAUAGAUUUGUUUUGAGUACAUGUUCAUGUUUAAGGAUAUUGUAUAAACAUAAAUACACUGAAAUGAAAGUCAACAAUCUUCUGUAAAGUGUUAAUUAAUGUUAAUUGGGUAGAUAUGCCUGGAUAAUUCAAUCCUGUCAGAAAUGCUCAUUUUGUUCAUCAAUAAAUUACUAUUAUUGAUA